GCAUUUAAUUUCCUUCAAAUUGCAGUUAAACAGCAAGAUUACACCAGACUUUGUAUAAAAAAAAAAAAAAAAAAAAAAAAAAAAAAAAAGAUUUAUAUAUAUAUACAUUAAACCAAUAUUUAGUUUGAAUAUUGUCAUGUUCUGAGGUACAGGAGCUGUCAAAAAUUGUAAUCUAAAGCAUUGCAUAGCAAAGAACCAUACAUGUUGCUAUUUGCCAUUUUAAUUGGGAAACAGACAUGCUAGAUUCCUGAUCAAUCAUGGCAAACCUCUUUAAGAGGCAGAAGUGGAGCUGUGACUGAAGUGGAUUCUCCUGAGAUCUGUAGUGGAAGCAGCAGGAGGAGGGGAUCACAUGGGAAGCAGUCAGGCUGCUGUCACAUGGUUUGUGUUUGUAAGUUCAGUUAAAGCGGAGGAGGAGUUUACACAGAACUUUGAGAAAGAGGAACAACUGCAGCAUUUUUCAUGUGGCCUUUCAACAAGUUGAAACACUGAACGAUAAAGUGGGGAGGUGCUGCUUUUGAUAAAAAAAACCCUCAACAUUAUUAUGGAAAUCCCUGCAAUAAACUUAAAGGCAAUAGUGCUGGCACACUGGUUGCUCACUGUGUGGGGCAGCAUAACCUUCCUUACCUCAUCUUAUGCAUGGGGGAACUUCAGUGUUUUAGCAGUUGGAGUGUGGGCGAUUGCACAGAGGGACUCCAUUGAUGCUGUUCUCAUGUUUCUUAUGGGAAUGGCUGUCACAAUACUGACCGACAUUGUCCAUUUUGGGAUCUUUUAUCCACGGAUGGAGUUUGUGGCCGAAAGGAGCUUUUCCGCAGGCAUGGCUAUCCUCAACCUGCUGCUUAAACCUGUUUCUUGUUUCUUUGUCUACCAAAUGUACCGUGAACGAGGAGGAGAUUACAAUGUCAACUUUGGUUUCCCUACUGUAACUCGAAAUAGAGAUGCCUAUCAGUCCAUCGACCAGCAGGAUGAAUCUUCAAGUCCAACAAAUUCCUUCAACCAGGCUAAGGACACCAAACCAGGAGCUGGCACUUAUUGAGAAAAGUACAUGAUUAAAAAUGCACUCUGUUUUUGUUUCUCACUUUUUAUAUGCAGAGUUAUAAAGUCAUUUAAAAUCAGUUUAAAAUAGCAUUGUGGGGUCACUCAGCUAAGCCAAUUGAAAUAAUCUCGGUUUUAUAGUGAAAUAUGCCUGUUACAUUUUAAGCUGAGGUUCUGAAAGAUUCCUGAUUCAGUGCCACAGAAGAAUAUAAUCAGACGACAAGCCAUGGUUUACAGUAAUGCUUAGAAGCAGGUCUCUGAUUCUUUUAGCAGAACAGUGUGGAAAAAUAAGUUUUUGACUUGUCAAAACUUUUCUGAAGCUUAAACAUGUCAAAAACAAAAGAUAUAUAGGUGUACAGACUCUUUUUUUGUUGGCUUUUUUUCUUUAUGUACAUUCGAGACAUGAUAGCCAAUAAUGAAAUAAGUUUCCAUAUAGAUGAGUACACUUUUGUGUGUUUAGUUAAUGAGAAAACACAGAAUUAUGCCUAUUGUAUAAAUUACGAAAUAUCGUUGGUAUGAUGGUUCUAGCACAAUUAUUCAUUUUAAAAACCAAGCUGACUCAUUAACGGUCUUGUUGACCUUUCAACAAGACCCUUAAAAGUGAAGGGUAUCUAACCUGCUUUCAAAAUAGUUUCAUAAAAUGGCACUUCAUCUUAGAAUACCAAUUACUUGCAGACCACAUACUGUGGAGUAUCUCACAUAUGCAUAUGGGUUAUGUGAAUUUCCCCACAAAUAAUAAAUGGUGUCAUAUAGACUGAUGCUCAAGGAAAAAUAUUUUUUUUCGUAUAAAAGUGUGUUUCAUGCACUGUGGAUUGGAAUUUUUUUUAAUUUUUUUUUUCAGUUUUCAUUUCUGUCAGAGGUUUUCAUGUUAAAAACCUGACAUAUGCCUCAGAAUGGGGAUGCUGUAACUCUGCUGAUCAUGUUUUAGGUGUGUGAAACUGUCAGUCCUCGGAUAAACUGGGUCAUGCCUUUUUAACAUAUUUGUAUACAGUAACUGCAGUAUCGGUGUGAACAUACAUUUUAUCACAUUUCAACCAUAUCUAAGCACACAAAUAUUUAGCGCACUUGUUAACUUCUAUAUGCAGUUUUACCCCACGCAAUGCUUUCUCAAUUUGUGGAUCAUUGCUUUUGAUGUGGUUUUCUAUGCGAAACCUUAAAAAUGAUUUUAUUACCAGACAGAUGGAUGUCAGCAAUAUUGUUUGAAAUCUUUCGGCCUACUUCAGGUUUUUAUACAUUUUGAACCAAGUUUAUUUGGAUACUAAUUCCCUUAAAUGGAAUUACAAAAUAUUAAAGUGUUAUUAUGAGAGAAAAACAGAAGAAAUCUUUAAGGCACUAGUUCAUUUUAUAACAUGGCAAUGUUUAGUCUGUAAUUUACAGAGCAAUCUGAACAAAAUGUACCUGCUGGAUUCUUUAACAUUGUGCUCUGACUGAAUAUUUUGCUUAAAAUUGAUCAUAUUGUUUUUAGUUUAUUUUGAUUUAUCAAAAUAAAAAAAAUUAGCAGUUUUCAUUGAAAAGAUAAAUAACGAAGUACGAUAUAUAUUGUCUCAAAUGGAUUUUCAGCUGUUGUGAUUUUGAUCUCUCUUUGGAGUUUAGUCACAGUUGGUAUUUUCUGACUGAAGCAAGUUACAUCCUGGCAAAUGCUUAACUCAUUUUUUUCUUUGUCGCAUUUCUGUUUUUCCUCACCCUGCUGCUCUCAGAAACCUUUUUGUUGUUUGCCUUUUUAUUUAUACUGCCAGACAGCACAUUUAUCGGUGUGUUUUUGUUGUGGUAAAUGCUUUUCUCACUCUAUUGUGUCUCCUACGAGAACUAGAACACCUUCCCUCUGAAGUAAUUUUCUUUUCAAAGCUAUUGUGAAGCUCACACAGCUAGCAUAGAAAUAAUGGCGAUACUGAUGGGAAUUAUAAGAAGCAUGAAUUUAUUGUUCACAGAAUUUGAAUGUGAAGAUUUGACCAACGAUGCAACUUCACAUUCAUCACACCUCUAAAAAAAAAGUAAGAAUUCCUCAAUAGAUUACAAGAUUCAGUGUCCAUCGACUGUAACGUUACCCCAAAGAUGUAUUUUCUUGACUUUCUGUAUUAGGUAUGGAAACAAUCUAGGUUUAUUGGCAAGAAUCUUGUCACCUGUUUGUAAAUUGCUCUGCCUUGUGGGCCUCCUGGGGAAGAAUGAAUGGAGGACAAAGUAUGGAGUGCCAGUCCUCAACAGCUCUAUAAGUAACAAACGCACACUUUGUUCUCCUUCUGUUUUACAUUUACUAACUCACCUGCAUAAGAGUAAAGCCACAAAACUUCCGCAGAUGUCAAAAAUGUGUGACAGAAAAAUAGGAGUUUAGUUUCAUUUAGCUUAGUUGCUUUAAUAACAGCUUUAGUCUUCAUCUAAAAUUGACUCUGGUAUCCAUUAUGUUCCUCUUCACUGUAGUUCAUAAAUUUUGUGGUUUGAAUCAGGUGAUAUGAAACUAGAUUAUUGAAAAACCUAAUUUUUUUAUUAUUUUAUUUUAUUGUAACUAAUAUUCCCAUCAUAACCAGAAUAUUCUACAAGCAUCAAUAAACAUAACAGUUGAUGGCACAACUUUACUGGAUGUUUAAUCUGAUGCUAUCAGAAGCUGAGUUCCACAAUUACAAUUACCUGUAAAGCAAAUAUUGCUAUCUUUCUUUUGAAACAACUACACUGCAAGAGGCCAUUUGAGUUCCUCUCUUUUCUAUUGUGUAAUUAAUAGGCAGCCGAUGUUAAUGACUCAUUUGUGUAAAGAUUGAUGCUGUGGCUCUGAAGCAGCACUGAGGAGAGAAGGCGGGGGUUGAAGGUGGACAGGAGCAGAGAGGGAACAGGGGGGAGUGAAGGUACAGGCAGCAGCUCAACAAGCUGUUGAUUAAUAAGGAGCUGCUGGGCUGCCUCUCUUGAGCAUGCAUGCAUAUGUGCACAGCUCUGACACCUCCUCAGGCUCACACCUGUGAUUCCUCUGAGUCAAGGGCACAUUCACUCAGUGCAGCAAUAGGAACUCAAUUUGUCAGAUUUGUUAUUGCAUUAGUCAUCUGAUCUCUGGAGAGGGUUGAGAGAAUGAUGGAAUUGGCUUCAGGUAUGCCAACUUUCUACACACAACUAGGACACACAUGUUCAUAAGUGUGUCUCUUAAUGUAAUUUUUAUUUUUCCCUAAAUUUUAUUAUAUUUUCGGUGUUGGCAAAGAAAAUCCAUCACAUAUGAACCAAGUGGCUUGACUGUGACACUUCAAAAUAAUAGUAGAUAAUUGUUCACCUUAUAGACAGUUUUCCCCAAGUUACUUGUCAUAUUCUUCUGCUUUAUUAUUUUCAAACUGAUUGGAACAACUAUCAGUAUCUCAGUCUAAUUCACAAUUUAUGGCCCCCAUUGUCCCGUCAGCAGUCUUAUCCACUGCUGUUUUUGAUUCUAAAAUAAAAACUUGGUAAAAAAAAAAAAAAAAAGUGAAGCAUGAAGCUCCCAAGAUACUGCUGCAUAUUUAAAUAUUAUAAAUAAAUUAAUACGUCUCAUGAAUCCAAAUACGGCAAAAGACUUUUAGACAUAUUUGAAAGUGUAGCCAGAAAUGAUUAUUGUGAAAAUGCAACACUAAGAGCAGCUCCAGGGUUUAUACAAAAUGGCUGUCACUUUUCUUUUUAAUGUUUGUUUUUAAAAGUUGUUUCAAGGUCAAAGAAAGAAGAAUAUUUCGGGCAGAUUAUAAGAUUUUGAUCUAUAGAGAGGCAAAGUUACUCCUUCAGUUGCAUGGUUUAUCACAAGAAGCAGUCUUGCUUAGGACUCACAAAGAUGGAGAAAAAAUGUUCACAUGUGAAAUUGAUUUGGUGAUUACAUUUUUAUGCCAGAAGCAUCUCGAUUUUCCCAAAGAGGACACAUCCAACCCUUGACCUUUUUCACGCCAAACCCUGGGUCAUCUGCCAUCAGCACUAAUGGCAUCAAAAGUGAUUCAAACUAACUCUUUAGUCUUCAAUUUCCAGGGAAGAGGGAGGUCAACAGCUUUGUUUGGGAGGAACAGAUAUGUUUUAUUUGCUAGCAAACAUGAAGAAACAAAGUAAACAAAAAGAAACAGACUUAUAGUCUAUCAAAGCUUUUCUUUUUUAGUUGAGGCAGAGAGAAGACAGCUUUAAAAUAUGAAAUAGUUAACUAUUUCAGUUAUUCUGAAUAGUAAAAUUUUCUCAACACAAAACAUGCAUUUGUAUAACUUGAAUUUGAAGACCCUGGUGUCAUUCCAUGACAAAUUUAGCUGUUUAAAACCUUUAACAGGUAUUGUGUAUUGGUAAAUUCAACCAGCUGUUUCAUAAAAUCAUAUUUAUUUAACUUCUGACAAAAGUUAGCUUUUAAUUCUUGUAAAAAAAAAAAAAAAAAAAAAAAAAGACCACAAACUUGAAUAACAUGAACCAUUGGAGCAUCUCAAAUGAGUUUCUUGAAUACAACAAUGAGCUUAUUAUGCUGUAUUGGUUUCCAUACUCCUCUCAGAGGCCCUGCUGGAUAUGAUGGACAUAUAGCAAAAACAAUAGCUUCAAUUGUGACACUAUCACUGACAAAAAUCUCUGAGAAAUGUUUCCAACAGCUUGUCGAAUUUAAAUCGCAAAGAUUUUAGGCAGUUGGGAAAAGAGGAUCCAACCAGAUGCCAGUAAGGUGUGCCUAAUGAAUUGGCCACUGAUUGUCUUUUAACACACAAACAAGAAAUUGCUCUUUGAAAAUCAACUCAUUAAUGUAUUGGCCUUGCUUUUUAAUUUUGGACUGAGAAAAAGAGCCAGUUGGAAGUUACCUGGCCCCAUUCAGGAAAACAAGCUUCUGCUGAGAAAACAGUUUUAUUCCACCGCUAACUGGAUAUUUUCUCUUAAUUUAACAAUUUAUGCAAACUGAUUUUUAAAGACCUCAUACUAAUUGUACUGUGAGCUGUUACCACU